UGUGGGCCGGGGCGGGGCAAAGGCGGCCCCUGAACCUCCAAGAAGUCUCCCGCAGGCCGUGCGUUCUCGCCGCCUGGAACCUCCGCCCCCGCCAGACUCUAAAGUGUGGCCGCGGAGCCUCCUGGGGAACUUCUGCCCACCAGUCCUCCUGCCAGCCAGGAUGGGCGAGUUCAAUGAGAAGAAGUCGACAUGCGGCACAGUCUGCCUCAAGUACCUGCUCUUCACCUUCAACUGCUGCUUCUGGCUGGCUGGCCUGGCCGUCAUGGCUGUGGGAAUCUGGACGCUGGCCCUGAAGAGUGACUACAUCAGCCUGCUGGCCUCAGGCACCUACCUGGCCACAGCCUACAUCCUGGUGGUGGCUGGCGUUGUUGUCAUGGUGACCGGUUUCCUGGGCUGCUGUGCCACCUUCAAAGAGCGGCGGAACCUGCUGCGCCUGUACUUCAUCCUGCUCCUCAUCAUCUUCCUGCUGGAGAUUGUGGCUGGCAUCCUUGCCUAUGUUUACUACCAGCAGCUGAACACGGAGCUCAAGGAGAACCUGAAGGACACCAUGACCAAGCGGUACCACCAGCUAGGACACGAGGGUGUCACCAGCGCUGUGGACAAGCUGCAGCAGGAGUUCCACUGCUGCGGCAGCAAUAACUCCCAGGACUGGCAGGACAGUGUGUGGAUCCGCUCCGGGGAGGCGGGUGGCCGCGUGGUCCCAGACAGCUGCUGCAAGACCGUGGUGGCCCACUGUGGUCACCGGGACCACGCCUCCAACAUCUACAAGGUGGAGGGCGGCUGCAUCACCAAGCUGGAGACCUUCAUUCAGGAGCACCUGAGGGUCAUCGGGGCUGUGGGCAUCGGCAUCGCCUGUGUGCAGGUGUUUGGCAUGAUCUUCACCUGCUGCCUGUACAAGAGCCUGAAGCUGGAGCACUACUGACCCUGCCCCGGCCUGGCCCUGUGCUGCCGGCGCCACGGCUUCCCGCAGAGCAGACUACUGAGCUGACACUACUGACGGCCCGGGAGCGGGGGUCCCCGGACGCCUUUCCCUCUCCUCCCCCUUCGCCGGGAGGUUGUGUUCCUGUGUCCCCACCACUGUGCCACCUCUGUGCCUUCUGGGCACCCCCACCCCCAGAGGGAGCGUCAAGUGCCUUUUGCUGCACACCAAAGUCCUGAGGCUUGAGGCAGGGUCCCCUACUGAGUGGGGGCGGGGUGGCACUUCUGCCUGUGUGGGGGUCCUGACAAUCAAGUACCCCAUUCCCACAGGCUGCUUCCCUGGGGGGUUAUGGCACCUCAGGGUGCACCCUGAUGCCUGUGCCUAGUUGGAGGGGCUGGUUUGGCAGCAAGCUGGGUAGAAAUGAAUAGGCUGGGCUGGUCCACCCCAGGGUGCUCCCAGCCCCUCGGACACACCCCACGUGGUGGUCAGGGCAAGCCUUGGAGGGUGGUGCGGGUGCAGGGGGUAUGGAUGGGCCGCAGCUGAGGAGCUCUGUGUGCCUGUCAGCAGGUCGGUUGGGGCGCAGCCCCCCUGCCCCGCAUGGAAAAGCCAAGCAAGCCAGCCCUGUCCCCAGGGUCGUGUGCCUCUCGGAUCCCCUGGUCCCAGCCUGCUCUGCCGAGCCUGCUCUGUCUCCCCACCGCUCUCACCACCCACUAAAAGGCCACAAUGUUCACUGUUGCCCCCGUUCCCCGGGGCCAGGUUUGGAGGGUUAAUCACUGCUGUAUCACAAAUGCUAUAGCUGCUCCUGCCACACAGCAGGUGCACAAUAAACGUGUGGAACAGACA